GAAAGUAUUUUAUGAAUCUUAAAACAGUUGUGGCAUCACACAAUAUACCUACGCCUAUUCGUUCAACAUACUCUUUCCUGUAUAUUGGACAAAUUGAGUUUCCUACGCCUAUGGAUGUUUCAACCGGAGUUUCUUCUUAUUUCAAUAGCACAGAGAAUGAAAAUUGGUCUUUUAUGGAUUGCCUUGAAUAUUUAUCAAAACAGUGUGUGCAUUUAACAUCGGAAAAUCGGGAUGAGAUUUUUGAGAACUGUAAGAUUCAUUUGCGUUCAAUAAUUUCUUCUAAAUCAACACUUAAAAGAGCUAAGGACAAAGCCAGUAAAAUGGAAAAUUCUGCACAACGUACAUUUCAUCGCGAAGAAGUUUGUUUGUUUUUUGAAAAACUGGAUACAGAGGCUAAAAUGAAUGCCACAAAAAAUCUUAAGAAUGCAAUGAAAAUUUUUGUGAAUGAGAAAGAAAGUUUAUAUGAGACAAAACUAGAGGCACGUACGUAUAGCAAGUUUACGAGACAUAUAGAAGAUACGGAUGCGGAAGUUGGUCGUUCAUACAAACGCUCUAGACAAUCGGAGGAUUACCAUGAAGAAACAGGUGAAGCAACAACAGACGAGGAUGUCAAUGCUUCUGAAUCUCUCCUUCAAAAAAAUGACAAAAAAGAAGAUAUACAAGAUGACGUGCAAUACCCUAAUGAUACCAUAACUGAAUCAUUGGUUCCUAAAAAUGUACAUGAUUUUCUUGUGCAUCUUUUUUCGAAAAAUUUAACCGCCAAAGAAUGGCAUUGUGAAAUCGACGAUCUAAGAUCUCCAGAAAAAAAUGAUCCCGUAAUGAACGCAGUAGUACGAGUUAUACGUCGUACUUUACCACAAUUUAUCAAGGCAUUCUCACUCGAAGAUCAGAAUCCUCUUAUAAACAUUACAACCAUUGAAGGGGCUCAUCUUAAUUCUUUCGUUCAUCCAUGCCUCGAUGCCUUUUUAUGGUAUAUAGCAAAUAUACAUUACGAGUAUGGAGAGAUUACAUCGAAAAAACACGUUAAUAAUAAUCGCGCAGAUGGUGCGGGGUUCAUGACAGAUGUUAAUAAAUAUCAGCUUGUAUAUGUCGAAGGUUCAAGGCCGGUAACAAAAGAGGAUAAAGAAAUUACUGAUAUAGAAAAAAUUACUAAAAAUAUAAAAAAUAUAUUUGCGAAAAUCGUAAAAGAAACUAUUAAAAAUAGAAGGCGCCUGCCAGAGACGUUGUAUGUAUUUGGAGGUCAAAGCUUUCGUCUUCGAAUACAUCUAUUUUAUAUUGAUUAUUGCGGCACGUAUAGAUUAAAUGAGGUUGAUAACACUAAUCUUCCUCGGAAAUUCUCUGAAAUGAAAGAUUUCAUUUAUUUUUACGAAUGUGUAUUGAAGUGGGCGCUAUUGGUUCGAAAUGUUACGGAAUCUUUUGAUAAAGCAAAGACUGAACAGAGGCCAUCACGGCUUUCAUAUGCAAAUGCUCUUCUUCAAUUGAAUGAUUGA